GCUAACAGGUAGUUUACUACGUGAAACAACAACAUAAAUAAAGGUCCAAAGCAGUAGCAGCAAAUAGAGCCUUCAAAUGUUCAAUGCAUUCGUUAAUUAUUUGACUAAGUGAAAAUAUAAAUAAAUAUUUUUAUCUACGCAAUCAUAGAAAUAUGUUUGUUUUGCACAUGAUACAAUAUUAUACUAUUUUAUAAAUAUUUCAUAGUAUGUACAUAACCUUUUAGCAUACUGUCAAAACACUUUAGAAAUUUUAAAACGUCUAUAUAUUUUUCUUUAAAGAUUUUUAUAAUGUCGUGCAAGCAGUUUUAACAAUUUUAUAUUUAAAAUACGAAUAUAAUGGGUCGAAGUCAUACCCCGUCGCCUGGAAGACGACGUGAUCGUUCCAGGGAACGUGACCGCGACAGAGAUCGUCGAAGACGACGAUCUCGCGAAAGACGUCGGAGAUCUGCAGAACGUGACAGAGUAAAAUCAAGAGAUAGAGAUAGAGAACGAGAUCGUGAUCGAGACAGACAUAAACGAUCAUACAGUAGAUCUAGAUCUAGAGAACGAGACAGACCUAAGCCUAGAGCCAAAUUAUCUACGGCAGAACGUCCUGUUAUCACAGAGGCUGAUCUUCAAGGAAAAACACCGGAAGAACAAGAGAUGAUGAGAAUGAUGGGUUUUUGUGGUUUUGAUACCACCAAAGGUAAGAAGGUAGAAGGAAAUGAUGUAGGCGCAGUACAUGUUAUUCUAAAAAGAAAGUACAGACAGUACAUGAAUAGAAAAGGAGGUUUCAAUAGACCACUUGAUUUCGUGGCAUGAAUAUCUCAACUUUUUAAUUUUCCAAUUGCUAAUAUUUUUUUUAAUUCAGUUCUUUAUAAUUAAGAACAUAUAAUUCUCUUAUAUCCUCUUUCUUUUGUUUAAAGUUUUCACAACAUGAAUAAUUUAUUUCAUUGAGAACAUACAAUGUAUGAAUUAAUAAUGCGGCAAAAAAGUUUAUAGACACAGUUUAAGUACAUUCUUGCUCUCAAUUAUAUUUUAUAUAAUUAAAAAAAUAAUAAUAUACAUUUUCAUAUCAAUUAUAAAAAUAUGGAGUUAAGUUUUAUUAAAUCAUACAUACAAAAGUAAAAUUAAGAUAUCUCAUAUGAUUCUCUAAUACUUGUUCAUUUAAUAAAAUUUAUCAAAUUAAAAAGCCUCUAAAAACUAUUUAUGACUCAGUCAAAGAAUGUUCUGUUACGGAUGAUGAAUUAUUAUCCAAAUCAUGUGUAAGACUGUUAUUUAUAUUUGUGACAUUAGUGCGUUGCGUGCUUAACUAUUAAAUAGAAAAUAAAAAAGUAAUUGUUAAUUAUUGAUGAAUUAACAGAUAA